UUCCUUUGAAACUCUAAAAACCAGUAUACUACUAACAGCAAAAAAAAUCCUAGGAGGGGGGGCCCAGGAAAAUGCUAAUUUUUUUCGCAAACUCCGAGUGCAAGAUUUUUUUGAUAAAACUCCAUCAUCUGGAUCCCAUGCUCGGAAGUCUAGAUUCAGCAUACUAAAAAAUCCUGGGUACUCCACUGACUCUGAAAUACACUAUGGUUGACUGAUUUUAUGAUGAGCUUUAAGGAAUAUUACAUAAGAUUUUUAAAAACUUAUUUUCCAUUCUUUCUUCCUUGUUAUACAGCAGACAUGUGAGACUAGAUCCUAAUAGAGCCAGAUUUUUGAAUUUCUCCUCCGUUUAAAUACAAAGCUUAGGCCUUUGAUUCUAAAUAGCAAUUUUUUGGGCUACGAAUUUGAGAAAAUUUUUUUGUUAAAGCAAACAAAGGAAAAUUAAAAAAUCGAGCUCUAUUAGGAUCUAGUCCUAAGGGUACUCUAUAAUUUAAAAACCACCCCAACAUGCUUAGCUCGAAUCCUCAUGCUGAAAACCUUCCCUGCGUAAGUUCAUUUGUGAGACGGCUCCUCUUAAGUCCUGCCCUCAUAUAAAAUUCAUUUCCGUCAAAAUUAAAGUUCAAACCAGCAUAGGUUUUUCACAGUGAAUAUGAUUUUUGUUUGUUUUUCAUUGAACACAUCGACUUGUUUUUCGAUGAUUUGUGUCACUUUUUACUACAAAUUUAGACUUUCAUAAAGUUUGAAUGUAUGUAGUCCAAAAUCGAUUUCUGACAAAGGAAAGACUCACUAAAUAGUCAUUUGGGUCUUGAUAAAAAGUUAUUUAGAAAAUCUUAAUUUUAUUUAUAGAAAAACUCUUCUUGCUGCUGAAAAAACUCAUGCUGCUCAUGAUGAAGAAAUUGAAAAAUAUGAAACUGAUUUACGUGAAGUUGAACGAUUACAAAAAGAAUAUGAAGAUAAAUUACAAGAUGAAUCACAAAGUAGUGGUCGUAAUUUAGCACUUGAAGAAAAUCAAAUGAAAGAAUAUCGACGUUUAAAAGAAGAAGCAUCAAAAAAAAUGACACAAUUUUCUGAAGAAUAUGAUUCAAUUGAUCGUCAACAACAAGUUGAUAAAACAAAUCUAGAACAAGAACAACGAAGUCAAAAAGAUCAUAUUGCACGAAUUAAACAAACUGAAUUACGUAUUGAAGAAUUAAAUGGAAAAAUUGAUAAAUUAGCUGGUUAUAUGACUGAUCUUGAACGAGAACUUAGUGAUAAACAAGCAAGU